AUGGCGGCGUCGAACGGGAGCGAGUACUUCGAAUUGGGAAUCGAGGGGACGAACGAGACGUUCGCGCGGCCGUCGAACGCCGAGUCGGUGGCGGAGGAUGAGGAGGAGCUUAUGUGGGCGGCGAUCCGGCGGCUGCCGUCGCAGAAGCAGUCGAACACCGCCAUUCUCAAGUCGGAAAAGUCUCAGACCAUCGACGUCCGGAAGCUCGAUCGCCACAACCGCGAGCUCGUCGUCUCCAAAGCCCUCGCCACUAACGACCAGGACAACCACCGCCUCCUCUCCGCCAUCAAAGAACGCCUCGACAGAGUGGCACUGGAGGUUCGAAAAGUGGAAGUGCGGUACGAGAACCUGAAUAUAGUAGCAGACGUUCAAACAGGGUCAAGAGCUUUGCCUACUCUCAUCAACUAUACUCGCGAUGGUAUAGAGAGUAUUCUAACUACUUUGAGGAUUUUCAAACCCAAGAGACGGUCUUUAACAAUUUUGAACAACAUCAGUGGCAUUAUCAAACCCGGAAGGAUGACUUUGCUUUUAGGACCCCCAAGUUCUGGGAAAUCCACGUUGCUCAUGACUCUUGCUGGAAAACUGGAUGGCAACUUAAAGAAAAGUGGUAGCGUUACCUACAAUGGCCACAGGCUUGAUGAGUUCUGCAUUCAAAGAACUGCUGCUUACAUAAGUCAAACAGAUAAUCACAUUGCAGAACUCACAGUAAGAGAAACCUUGGACUUUGCAGCCAGAUGUCAAGGUGCAAGCGAAGGUUUUGCAGCGUAUGGCAAACAGCUGGUCAAGUUAGAGAAAGAAAAAAACAUAAGGCCAGAUCCAGAAAUUGAUGCGUUCAUGAAGGCAUCAUCUGUUGCUGGCAAACACAGUAUUACAACUGAUUAUGUUCUCAAAGUGCUUGGUCUUGAUGUUUGCUCAGAGACAAUUGUUGGAAAUGACAUGUUAAGAGGGGUUUCGGGGGGGCAGAGAAAAAGGGUUACUACAGGUGAAAUGGCAGUUGGACCAAGAAAAACCAUGUUUAUGGAUGAAAUAUCUACUGGACUGGAUAGUUCUACUACAUACCAGAUUGUUAAAUGUAUUGGGAAUUUUGUUCAUCACAUGGAAGCUACAGUACUAAUGGCUCUGCUUCAGCCUGCACCUGAGACAUUUGAACUAUUUGAUGAUUUAGUGCUACUAGCCGAAGGACACGUCGUUUAUCAAGGCCCUCGAGCAGAAGUUUUGGAGUUCUUCGAGUCAUUAGGUUUCAAAUUACCACCACGAAAGGGUGCCGCAGAUUUUCUUCAAGAGGUAACAUCUAAAAAGGAUCAAGCUCAGUACUGGGCUGAUAGUUCGAAACCAUAUACAUACCUUUCUGUUUCAGAAAUUGCAGAAGCCUUCAAGAAGUCCAGGUUUGGAAAGUCUGUGGAUGCCGCUCUCUCUUCCCCAUAUGAUAGAGCUAAAAGUCUUCCUGCGGCUUUGCCAAAAACAAAAUAUGCAGCCUCAAAAUGGGAGCUUUGUAAAGCAUGCUUCUCACGAGAACUACUGUUGAUCAGCAGGCAUAGGUUUCUUUACACAUUUAGGACCUGCCAGGUUGCCUUUGUUGGAUUUGUGACAUGCACAAUGUUUCCUAGAUGGGAAAUACAGCCCACAGAUGAAAUAAAUGGCAACCUGUACCUUUCUUGCUUGUUCUUUGGGUUGGUGCACAUGAUGUUCAAUGGGUUCACCGAGCUUCCCCUUAUGAUAUCUCGGCUCCCAGUCUUUUACAAGCAAAGGGACAACUAUUUUCAUCCUGCGUGGGCAUGGUCUGGUGUUAGUUUGCUUCUGCGCAUACCUUACUCUAUUAUUGAAGCUAUCGUAUGGUCCUGUGUUGUAUACUACACGGUUGGCUUUGCCCCUGGUCCUGGGAGAUUUUUCCGUUUCAUGUUGUUGCUUUUUUCUGUGCACCAAAUGGCUUUGGGUCUCUUCCGGACAAUGGCAUCCCUUGCACGAGAUAUGGUCAUUGCAAAUACAUUUGGAUCAGCUGCACUAAUUGUCAUAUUUUGUUUUGGUGGAUUCAUCAUUCCAAAAGAUAGCAUUAAGCCAUGGUGGGGAUGGGCCUUUUGGGUAUCGCCACUAUCGUAUGGACAACGCGCAAUUUCUGUCAAUGAAUUUACUGCUGUAAGGUGGAUCAAGAUAUCUCCUUUAACCAACAGAACAAUUGGUCAAAAUGUUCUUCAACAACACAGCUUACCAAAUGGCGAUUCCUGGUAUUGGAUUGGAGUUGGUGCUCUGUUGGCUUAUGCAUUGCUUUUCAAUUGCAUAGUGACUCUGGCCUUGAUGUACCUAAAUCCACUAAGGAAAAACCAGACGGUGCUUCCACUUGAUGACACAGAAGAGAGCCCUGCUGCAGAUGGGGGUAAUAAAAAGAUUAUGUCAAAUGGAAAUAGCAGCCCAAGAAGAAAAGGAAUGAUAUUACCAUUUCAGCCAUUAACAAUGACUUUCCACAAUGUUAACUAUUAUGUCGACAUGCCAAAGGAAAUGAAGUCACAAGGUAUACCAGAAUCAAGGUUGCAGCUUUUGUCAAACGUGAGCGGAGUAUUCUCACCAGGUGUUCUUACAGCUUUAGUUGGGUCUAGUGGAGCAGGAAAGACCACUUUAAUGGAUGUCCUUGCUGGUAGGAAAACUGGUGGAUACAUAGAAGGAGAUAUCAAGAUAUCUGGUUACCCGAAAGAGCAACGUACUUUUGCUAGAAUAGCAGGCUAUGUUGAGCAAAAUGACAUACAUUCUCCUCAACUUACAGUGGAGGAGUCUGUAAGGUUUUCUUCUGCUCUUCGCCUUCCAAAGGAAGUCAGCGUGGAGAAAAGACUUGAAUUCGUUGAAGAAGUAAUGAAACUUGUAGAGCUUGAUACUCUAAGGCAUGCUUUGGUCGGUUUGCCAGGCAGUUCAGGUUUAUCAACAGAGCAAAGAAAACGCUUAACAAUUGCUGUUGAGCUUGUUGCCAACCCUUCAAUUAUCUUCAUGGAUGAACCCACCUCUGGACUUGAUGCAAGAGCAGCAGCCAUUGUGAUGAGGACUGUUCGCAAUACUGUUGAUACAGGAAGAACAGUGGUCUGCACUAUCCAUCAACCAAGUAUUGACAUAUUUGAGGCAUUUGAUGAGCUUCUUCUAAUGAAACGAGGGGGGCAAGUUAUAUAUGGAGGAAAGCUAGGCCAGCACUCCCAGACAAUGAUAAACUACUUUCAGGAGAUUAAUGGAAUUACUCCGAUUCCAAGUGGGUACAAUCCUGCAACAUGGAUGCUGGAGGUAACAACACCGGCUUGUGAACAGAGAAUUGGUGAAGACUUUGCUAGCCUAUACAGAAAAUCAGAGCAGUACAGGGAGGUGGAAGAGUCUAUCCAGCAGUAUAGUAAUCCUCCAGCCAACUCGAAAGCACUAAAGUUUGCUUCCAUGUAUUCACAGAACACGUCGGUUCAAUUUAGGACCUGCUUAUGGAAACAAAACCUUGUGUAUUGGAGAAGUCCACAAUAUAAUGCCAUGAGGUUAAUCUUUACUACCAUUGCUGCAUUGAUAUUCGGUUCAGCAUUUUGGGAUGUUGGUGCUAAAAGAGACUCAAUACAAUCACUGAUGAUGGUUAUGGGAGCUCUGUAUGCUGCUUGCUUGUUUCUUGGAGUCAAUAAUGCUUCUUCAGUUCAGCCGAUUGUUUCGAUUGAGAGGACAGUAUUCUAUCGAGAAAAAGCAGCUGGAAUGUAUUCUCCAUUGGCUUAUGCAGCAGCCCAGGUAAAUCUCUUUACUAUAUAUAUUACAUCUCUCUCUUCUUGGCCUUCUAUUGUCAUGCAGGGCCUUAUAGAGGUGCCAUACAUCGCUGUACAGACAAUAGUAUAUGGGGUGAUCACAUACUUCAUGGUCAACUUCGAAAGGACACUGGGUAAGAUUUUGAAAUCUUCCAUUGGAAUUGAACUUUUCAUUAACCAUAGUAUUACCCUCACUAAUAUUUCUUUCUUUUUUGCAGAAAAAUUCUUGCUCUAUAUUCUUUUCAUGUUCCUCACAUUCACCUACUUCACCCUAUAUGGCAUGGCGGCUGUUGGUCUCACUCCUUCACAGCACCUAGCAGCCGUCAUCUCUUCUGCAUUUUACUCAGUGUGGAAUCUCCACUCCGGUUUCCUCAUCCCUAAACCAAAUAUCCCGAAAUAUUGGCUUUGGUUUUACUACAUCUGCCCAGUUGCAUGGACACUCAGAGGUAUUGUCACUUCCCAACUUGGUGAUGUGGAGACCAUUCUUGUUGGACCUGCUUUUAAGGGCAGCGUGAAAGAAUACUUGGAGGUAAGCCUUGGCUUUGGCCCUGGGAUGAUUGGCGUUUCAGUAGCUGCGCUUCUCGGCUUCAAUGUGCUGUUCUUCAGUAUCUUCGCUUUCUCCAUCAAAUUUCUCAACUUCCAGAGAAGAUAG